AUGGAGUGGACCGGUUCGCCAUCCAAGAAGGCCGCGGCCUCAUUCGCCAUCUACGACGAGAACGAGCAGGCGCAGUUCGGCUUGAAGCGCACUGCCAGCGCUGUCCCGCUGCCUCUGACAACUUCCAAAUUUGUCAAUCGCAUGGGCCCACAUCCAUCCAAGCGCACCAUGGAGAACAUCGACAAGACUGAGAAGCCCGAGGCGACUCCAGUCGACCAGCUCCUCGCCAAACUCACCGCACAGCAGGGUCGCUUCGACAAGAAGCAGCGCAGCUUCGAGGACGGCCUCAACGAGAACCGCAGCAACGACUCCGACGUCACCGACCCCUACGGCGGCAACCCACCAGCCGAGGACACCACGUCUGACGGUCGCCCUGACGCCGCAGAGGUCCUCCGUUUGAAGAAGGAGCUCGAUGCUGCCAAGGAGCGCAUGGCCCAGAUGGACCUGCAGAUCACGCAGUCUCGCCUCGCCCAGCACACCAUGGAGGAGGCCAUCGGCUCGCCAUUCCCAGCUGCUCAGCAUCUCGCUGCCAACAUCACCGGCCACAACAUGAUGCCAGGUGCUGGUGCUCUCGCCCAGCCAAACCCUUACUCACGCACUGCCACACCCCUUGAGCGUAGCAGCUUCAACGUGCCACAGCAACCAUACGACUCCAUGCAAGGCAUGCACGGCUUCCAGCAUGGCCAGAACGGCUAUGCCGGCCGCUCCAAGUUCUCCUCCAACGGCUACCAAGCUCCCUACACCCUGCCAAAUGGCAACGGCCACACUCAACAAGCCCCCAUCGGCACGAAGCUGUCACCAACUGCCGCCGAGUUCGGUGUCGGUCGUGGCCAGUGGUCCACGCAGCAAGCACCACCCACCUACCUCAACACCACCGAGCCUCUCAACUACCGUCGCCUCCUCGACCGCAACAUGAGCUGCAACUGGAAGUACAUCGUCGACAAGAUCGUCUGCAGCAACGACCAGCAGGCAUCCAUCUUCCUGCAACAGAAGCUCAAGUGCGGCACUGCCGAGCAGAAGUUCGAGAUCGUGCAAGCCAUCAUCGACCAGGCGUACCCACUCAUGAUCAACCGCUUUGGCAACUUCCUCAUCCAGCGCUGCUUUGAGCAUGGCACUCCAGAGCAAGUCAUCGCUAUCGCCCAGGCUAUUCGCGGCAACACUCUCAACCUCAGCAUGGAUGCUUUCGGCUGUCACGUCGUCCAGAAGGCAUUCGAUGCCGUGCCUGAAGAGUACAAGGCCAUCAUGGUGCACGAGCUGCUUCGUCGUAUCCCAGAGACGGUCAUCCACCGCUACGCCUGCCACGUCUGGCAGAAGCUCUUUGAGCUUCGCUGGAGCGACUCACCACCCCAAAUCAUGAAGUACGUCAACGAGGCUCUUCGCGGCAUGUGGCAUGAGGUCGCCCUCGGCGAGACCGGCAGUCUCGUCGUCCAGAACAUCUUCGAGAACUGUCUCGAGGAAGACAAGCGCCCAUGCAUCAACGAGGUCCUGGCCAGCAUCGACACUGUCGCCCAUGGCCAGUUCGGCAACUGGUGCAUCCAGCACAUCUGCGAGCAUGGCUCCAUCCCAGAUCGCACCCGUGCCACGGACCACGUCAUCCGCUACUCGACUGAGUACAGCAUGGACCAAUUUGCUUCCAAGGUCGUCGAGAAGUGCCUCAAGAUGGGCGGCACCGAGUUCCUCGACCGCUACCUCGAUCGCGUGUGCGAAGCCCGCCCAGAUCGUCCUCGCAUGCCACUCAUCGACAUUGCCGGCGACCAGUUCGGCAACUAUCUCAUCCAGUACAUUCUUACCAACGGCGACCCUCAGCGCCGCGAAGUCGUGGCUACGCAUAUUCGCAAGCACAUGGUCUCUCUGCGCGGCUCCAAGUACGGCUCUCGCGUCGCCAUGCUCUGCAGCAACCCUGCUGUCGCCACUCGCCCAGGCCCACCAGCUGGCAUGUCUCUCAGCCGUGGCAACAGCGGCUACGGAGGCGACCGUUUCGGCUCCAACUUCACCCGCUCUUUCCCACCAGAUGGCCCAUACAUGGGUCGUGGUGGCUUCGGUGGCGGAUUCCGCUAA